AUGGAGAAGAGGAGCUGGAUCACUGCUUUUAGCCUGUUUCUCAGUGGCUCCGCUCUCCUGCUGCUGACCACAGCUAUUUUCACCGAUCACUGGUAUGAAACGGACACCCGGAGGCACCGGGAGAGCUGCGACGGUCAAAGCUUGGGGAGCAGCGGCGAAGAGCAGAACCGAGUGAUGCCCAUCUACAACCUCCCCCUGCGGGAGCGCGGCAAGGCGGAGGAGCCGGGCUCUCCGGCUCCCGGAGCUCCCGAUACAAAAGGCUCUUCAAACCCCCUCCUCCCAGCUCCAGCCAGCGACCAGGAUUUGCUGGAGAAUUGGCGCUCGGUGCUGGGGCUCGGCGUCUUCGAGUCGGAUUGCGCCCGUCCUCUGUUCGACACCUAUACUGGACUGUGGAGAAAAUGCUACUAUAUGGGCAUCGACCGGGACAUCGAUCACCUCAUAUCCAAAGGAAUUGCACAGAGAUGCACAUCUGUCAAGUAUCACUAUUCCCAGCCCAUCCGUCUAAGAAAUAUUCCUUUCAACCUUACAAAAACCAUCCAGCAGGAUGAAUGGCAUCUGCUGCAUUUGAGGAGGAUCACUGCUGGAUUCCUGGGCAUGGCAGCUGCUGUCCUGCUGUGUGGGUGUAUUGUGGCGUCGAUGAGCUUCUUCUGGGAAGAAAGCCUCACUCAGCACGUGGCAGGUCUCCUUUUCUUAAUGGCAGGAAUUUUUUGCACAAUUUCUCUUUGCACAUUUGCAGCCAGCGUUUCGUAUGAUCUGUCGCGUCAACCAAAAUUUAUCUAUGGGCUACCAAGCGAUAUUGACCAUGGGUACAGUUGGUCCAUUUUCUGUGCGUGGUGUAGCCUGGGGUUAACGAUGAUGUCAGGCUGUUUGUGCACUGCUUUUCCAUUCCUUAGCAGAACCAAGACAAUCCAUCAAAAGUCCAUCAGAGAUUCCUCCGUGUAAGCACCGCUUGAUUAAAUACUGUUGGAUUUU